AUGACUGAGAUUUAUUUUAAAUACCGUGGAAAUCUUACUGGCCGCGUCCACUUGCCAACCCUGUCUACAGAAGUAAACACAACAGCAGAUAAAUAUGCCAACCUGUACAUGUACGUUGGCUUGUUUCUAACGCUCCUGGCCAUCCUUCUCAUACUACUCUUCACCAUGCUCUUGCGCUUGAAGCACGUGAUCUCCCCAAUCACCACCUCUCCAGAAAGCACAGAAAAUGUUCAGCAGUUUACGGAUGUAGAAAUGCACAGCAGGAUUCCUAGCAUUCAGUGA